AUGUCACACGAUAAUAUUGGAAAAGUUGACAAAUUAGUUUCACCAAACAAAAAUGAAUCAUUCAGUCAGUUUCCUCUUGAACACGAAUCCAUGAUUCGUGUUACAGAAGGAGAAGGUGAUCAUGUCUCCAAAGUCUUUGCAGACGAUGCCAAUGAAUGCUUUACUGAGAUGCUUGAUGAAAUAAGUGAUCCAGAUCCAGUCAUGUGCAAUAAUCUCGAGAACGUGGUUACACGUGAUCUGACAUUCGAGGAGCCUUUGUUCCCAGAGAACACGCAAUUGGAGAACAAUCAUCAAGCUCCCACCAUCAAAUCGUUAACGUCCAAAUUUACUCGUUUCAACGUGCCUGAACCAUUUCUAGAUGAGAAAACAUUUAAAAUGGAGGAUUUAUGUACAUUACGCGAUGAUGAACUUGCCAUCAAGAAAGAAUUUGAACAAAAGGAUGAAACAAUCUCCUUUGAAGGGUUACGAUCGAAUGAUAAAUAUCAUGAAGAAUCUCUCUUGCCUAUAAAAGAUAUCAAUUGUGUGCAAGAUGUCCCAAAUUCGAUUUCGGAGAUUGUGUCCUUGGUUCGGCCGGAGGUACUAAUGGACAAGGCAGAUUCGGUCAUCGAAGAUACUGGUGUUAGAGCACCGUUAGAAAUGAUGAACGAGGGAGCGGGUAGGACAAACAAUUUGGAAGAAUCUUUGAACGAUGAUUCUAAAGAGGAUGAAGUGAUACACGACAUUCCCACUUUGAUUCGACUAGAACCGGUAUUGAUACCUGCGGAACAUGAUCUCUUAGAAGAAGUGCAUCAAAGAAAGCGUCGGCAAGUAAAUCGGGAAAGUUGGUCAUUUGUAAGAAAAAAAUUAAAAAAAUCUGAUCAUAUGAAGUAUUUUAGGAAGCAAGAAACUUCAUCAGAAGAUGAUGAUGAAAUCCUUAUGAACGGUUCAGUAAUAUCCGUCAUCAAUCACGUCUUUCCUGAAAAUACAAUACCAACACCGCCCGAAAACGAAGAACUUCGGAGAGGUCUCGAUAAUGUAACUCAUGCUGAAAUCUUGGGUAACAAAUGGCAAAUGCUUGCGAUGAUGCAAUCUAUGGAUGAAUCAGAACUUUCGUCACGCCACCCAUUGAAAUAUACAAGUGGCGAGCAGGUCGUGAUUCCCUCUCGCCCUUCAACAUGCGAUUUCCGAACUGUUCCCCACAAAAUUUUGGAACAUGAUCUUCAUUGGAAUCCAAUCAAAACCGCUGCAAAGUUAGGAAUUGUCCACAUCAUUGCUUUAAACCACACCUCACAUGAUUAUGAUUUGACAGAGAUAAUUCAAGAAGGAAGUAGUUUCCUUGAUUCGGAAAAUUUUCUGGCAUUAGCUGACGUUGAAAUCACCAACAAAGACGAUAAAACUCAUUUAAAAUCAAGGAAAGAAAAGAAAAGGGGCGAAGUGGCAAAACGAUCAGAGAUCCAAAAGAGUGGUUCGACCUUUAUUGCGCCACAAGACAAACCCGCUACUUCUUUUUCUAUUGAUGCGUACGAUAACCAUUCAUUGAGUUAUUCGAGAAGGAAGGAUCCUCCUAUUAAGAGCUCGAAUCAAAAGGAAAAAUCUGUCAAACAAAAUGUAUCUACCGGCAUACAACCAUUAUUACGCAAACCUACCGCUAGAAGAUCUAGAAAUGUUGAUAACCCAAUUCCAGAUAUCAUGAGUUGGAUUAGGAUCGGAAACGAAAAUGAAAAGGCCCCAUCACUAGAAAAUGUCAAUGAUUCUAUUCCCAAUGUGUCUGGGCAAGAUCGUGUUCCUCAAAGGCUUUCAGACCUAAGGAACAAUAAUGAUGUUGAAAACUAUGAUGAUAUUGAAUGUAUCGAUUUAACUCGGGAUACAGAAUCGCCAGCACCAAAGAUUUCAGCACCAGAGAUUCCUAUAGUACAUUAUUCUUCUAAGACAUCUCCAUUCUUUAAAAAUAAGGUUUCGUCGCAAAAUAGACCAAACCUUUUUGAUACAACGCUCUUUCCGGAUUCAUUUUCCGCAACUAGAUCAAUUGAUGAUUACAUGCUAUUACGAGGAAAAUUAUCACCAGGAAGGCGACGAGAAGACAAAGCUCCAAGGGCCACUAGUUCACUUGACAAAAUCGCAAGAAAAAUCGUCACCCCAGAUAACGCGACCUCACCAACUUCUCACGUGACUCCCGUUACGAACCAAAGCGUGUCGAUUUUAAACAAGGAUUCCUUUGUCUCCAUUAGCAAGGCUAUGCUUGACCGGCUUCCAAAACCCAAAGUCCCUUACAAGUAUAUUGCUUCAGCACGCAUAUUACCGAAUCGUGGACUCUUGACUGCAUUGAAGAGCAGAGAUUGCAAAGUAGAGCUUAUCGAAAGAGAUUUCGAGUACAUGAGGCCUUUCUUGUCGGAAAGAGAAUCAGAUGCUAUUCAUGUGGACGUCGAUAUCAUUAUCGACGAACGAACCGGAGCCAUAUUUUAUCCACUAAAUAAGCUUGCUCAAGGUCAAACGGUUUCGAAACUUGUGCAAACCGUAAACCGCCUUCGUUUGAAGUACACGAAUUUGUAUCUGAUUCUAGAAGCAUACACCUGGAAGAAUCGGCCUGCGAGUAAAAACACGGAGCAUACCAUAACCGCAUAUCCUUUUACCUUACCGACAUUAAGGGCGAUUUCCGAGUUACAAUCGAUAUUGAUGUGCAGUAAUUGCGAUGAUGUGCAAGUAAUGUUUUCGUUGUGCGAAGAAAUGUCCGCCAAAUUGUUGAGAAUGAUAGGCAAUCGUUGCGCCAUGCAGUGUGAUGAACUAGGAAUCAACAAGCGUGGAUGGAAGGAUCACAAGCAAUGGGAGUCGAGAGAUUGGAUGGCCAUGGAAGAAAGUUUGGUUAGAUUUUUCGUGAUUCUCAAAUUUUUAACUUUGACGAAAUCAUUUUAA